AGGGCAUGUGUGAGAGAGAGAGAGAGAGAGGAAGAGGGUGAAGAGAGAGAGAGAGAAGAGAGAGUAUGAUUAGGAGCGAGUGUCAGAGAGACCCUCGGCAGCAGUGGCGUAGCGUCAUCGAGAACUGGAGCAGUGUCUGUUAGAACACGGCUGAAGCUCAGGCACAUCUCAGGGGUUCCAGAGCAGCGACACAGUGUUCCGACACUCCCAAGGUUCCUUCAGAGAACCGACAGGGACGUUUCUGGACUACCAAAGAUCCUCUACUUCCUCUUCUCUUCUUCUCUGAUCUGUACCCUCUGUCUUCAGAGAAAGACUGAGGAGUCGUCAAUGCUGUUUUGUGUGAGUGUGUGAGUGUGUGUGUGUGUGUGUGUGUCAGCAGACAUGGUAGAGUUUGUCUGCUUCUGUCUCCGUCAACGGGAGAGGUGUUACCCCUAGGAGAGCUCAAAUGGAUCCCCGGAGAGCAAAGCUACAGUUCGGCUGAGGACCAAGCAAGGAGCUACCAGACACUCACACAGAUACAUUCUCUUACCUGAAGAAACACACACACACAGAGACACACACAGACACACUCAUGCGUCCCUCUACUCUGGGUAGAGAGCAGACCCAGUGUUCUGCACUGUAAUUGGUCACAACAGACCACUGUGCUCCACUCUGUCCUGUAAUUGGUCCUGGCCAGAGUGGCACACUCUCUGAGUCCCGCCUCCCCGGCAUGAGCGUGGGCCGGCCGCACCGUUACAGCAUUGUUGCGUCGGACGAGGAGGUCCCGCGACCAGGCAAAAUGCCCGCCCUGGGCAAUGGCUUCGGCAACGGCAAGAUUCAGACGCGACGCAAGCAGCGGAGCCGCUUCGUGAAGAAGACGGGCCAGUGCAACGUGCACUUCUCACACGUGGAGGAGCAGUCGCAGCGCUACCUGGCCGACAUCUUCACCACCUGCGUGGACGUGCGCUGGCGCUGGAUGUUCGCCAUCUUCUCGCUGGUCUUCGUCCUGUCCUGGCUGGCGUUCGGCCUGGCCUUCUGGGUCAUCGCGCUGCUCCACGGCGACAUGAACAAGCCACUGGCGGCGGGAGACGGGGACGGCGAUGGCGCUGAUGUCGGGCCGAGUCUGACGCCGUGCGUCAUGCAGGUGAACAGCUUCGUGGCGGCGUUCCUCUUCUCCGUCGAGACGCAGACGACCAUCGGCUACGGCUUCCGCUGUGUGACAGAGGAGUGCCCGCUGGCCGUCUUCAUGGUGGUGCUCCAGUCAAUCGUGGGCUGCAUCAUCGACUCCUUCAUGAUCGGUGCCAUCAUGGCCAAGAUGGCACGGCCCAAGAAGCGCGCCGAGACGCUGCUCUUCUCGCACAACGCCGUCAUCGCCUUGCGUGACGGCAAGCUGUGCCUGAUGUUCCGCGUGGGCAACCUGCGCAAGAGCCACAUCGUGGAGGCGCACGUGCGCGCCCAGCUCGUCAAGCCACGCUUCACGGAGGAGGGCGAGUACAUCCCGCUGGAGCAGAUCGACAUCGACGUGGGCUAUGACCAGGGCUAUGACCGCAUCUUCCUCGUCACGCCCGUCACCAUCCUCCACGAGAUCAACGAGGAGAGCCCUCUCUUCGGCAUCAGCAAGCAGGACCUGGAGACGGCCGACUUUGAGAUCGUGGUGAUCCUUGAGGGCAUCGUGGAGGCCACGUCCAUGACGGCGCAAGCCCGCAGCUCGUACCUGGCCAGUGAGAUCCUGUGGGGCCACCGCUUCGAGCCGGUGGUGUUCGAAGAGAAGAGCCAGUACAAGGUGGACUACACUCACUUCCACAAGACCUUCGAGGUGCCCUCCACGCCACGCUGCAGCGCCAAGGACAUAGAGGAGAACAAGCUGGCGCAGUCGGGCAGCGCCAACUCCUUCUGCUACGAGAACGAGCUGGCCUUCCUGAGCCGAGACGAAGAGGAGGAUGAGGACGAGGAGGAGCGAGCAGAGCUAGGAGCCGAGCUAGAGACUCUUUCGGCCAACUUAAACUUGGAUCAGAGGUCUUUCCACAGGGAGUCGGAAAUCUGACCUUCUCUCUAGGCCUCUAGCUGAACUCGAAUACUGAUGUCAGAACAACUCGGUACUCAAAGCUGUUAUAAUGGCUUGGUUUCUCAUGAGUUUUGUGGAGAACAAUGCAAUAGCCAUAGGCCAACAUAACUUCUGUAUAAAAAUACACCUACAGCAAAUCUACUUUAUUAGUCCCGAGAGGAACUGUGUAGGAGAAUGGAAAAAGUAGGUUGAACAGCUGACUGGACUGGUCUGAACUGAACUGGGACUGUACUGUUUUAUCAGAGACAGAUUACAACCAUCCUUGAAGAAAACUUGAAAUUUUCCUUCUGUUUCCUGCUGUAGUGUGAGCUCAGAGCUUUAAAUAAUGCAAUAAGAGACUAGGGCGCCAUUUUGUGUCAAUAAUAUCUCUAUCCUCUCAAAAGCUUGACGCCAUGCACAUCCGAAAUGGAAUAGGUCUCCUUGAUCCAUAAGUGUUUUCUUAUCCAGGCUAUGCUUGUCAUGCAGGUGGAAGCCAUUUUGGCCACAAUAACCCUCAUCCAGAAGCCCUCAAGAUAUUAAAACCAAUGAACCUAGCAGGCCGGAAAGGUUAGCUUUAAUGGCACACUGUUUUCCCCCCCGACGCAGCACCAAGAUAAUGUGUUGAUACCAAGCUAGGGUGGAAUCUAUGACUUUUUGGUCUUCAGGUCAGAAGCAUGUGAUGUAGUUGCACAAAAUAACUUGGAUUGCAUUCACACGAUCACUUUAAAUAAGCAACUCCUUUUCACUGUCCGACAUGUGUGGGACCUGCUGGAAUUGCUUAUAGAGUUCCCUGAUUCUGCAGGUUUAGUCUCUCAUUUUUUUGGGGGACAGCCAGAACUAGCUGGCCAAUUUUUCAGUGUGGCGCGCCACCGCCCCCCCCAGAGGCUUGAGAAGGUGCAUUAUCACCACUUACUGUCCAGGAACAUUAGGCUCACAAAUAGUCUCCGAGUGUCCUUUAGAAUGCUGCUUUACUUGCUGGGCAAUCCGAGGCAUGCCUGCUUCUUGCUAGUAGUGUGCUAGUGAGAGUAGGAACAGUAUGCUUUUUUUUUAUAAUAAUAAAAAAUGAUGCACUGGAA